UCAUAAUGUUGGUAUACGGUGUAAUGCUAUCAAAAGUGCGUGUUUUCAGUUUUUUUCGAUUUGGAGGUUCUAUUAAUUUAAAAUGUUGAACGGGUACUAAUGAAUGAUAUAAAUUUGUUAUCUAUUUGCGUGUUCGUGAAUGAAUAUCAUAAAAUAUACUUUGUGUGUGCAGUGCAAUUUAAAUAAAUUCCAUCUUAUGUUUGCUUGGGAUUGUGCAAAAUGGCGGCGAAUGUUUUUAUAGAUAGACGCGAUGCAUGUGAAGCAAAAGUGGGCUAAAAAUAGAGAACUUGCAUAGGGAUAGUUGCAUUAAUAGUGAACAAAAAAUGUCUAACACCGUAAUUACAAAUUAUACGGACCUAAAUGGACCCUCAACAAAAACUGACAGCUCCGUUGUUGUUAUUGUAAACAAAGACGGAUCUCUUUCGGUGGACCAGAAAUUACUUGGAACUUUAAUGGGAAGUGAUGGAUCCCAAGCUGCAGGGAUUAGUGUUGUACGAGUUGGACAUGAGGGUAGGCCUGAUGAUGCCACCGAUUCCGAAAACGAAGAUGAUAAAGUGCCCCACGUAACAUUAUCGGUGGACAGCUAUUAUGAUGAACCAGAUAGUAUAAUAAAAUAUGACAGUGGUGCAGAGAUGUUGCAAUCAUUAAGGAUAGAAACAAGAGAAAACAGCCUAGUGGGCUUUCAAAAUGAUCACUGUUAUACUCCUUUGACUUCUCCCAGUCAAACAUUACCACAGCGAAGUGAAUCAUUUACAACAUAUGAUGAUCCUAUUAUUGAAAUAACACAUCAUCCACCGCCAAAACCAGUGACAACACCUAAAAAAAUUACCAUAUUGGAACAAAAAGUUAUAGCGAAGGGUAAAAAGCUCAUAAUUCAUCCAACAGAGCCUUCUAUUAAAGGCAAUGACAUUCUCAAUAAACCUUUACCAGUAUUAUCAAAAUCGAAAGCUAUAAGUCAGGUCGAAAAAGCUUCCCUUCAGUCAAAAUUAGAAGAUAACACAGAAUCAUCAUCAGUAAGCUCUUCAGGUGAUAGUGCUGCUGACCGAGAUUCUGAUUCUGACUAUAAAGAUACAAAGGAUAGAUCAGCCCCUCCAAAAUUACGUCGGCUAAAGACUAAGCCAAGAAUUUUAAAGAGUGUCCAAUUGGCUAAAGCUACAAAAGCAGAUCCGAAAACAGCAUCAAGAUUAAAGGCUGGUAAAAAUAUUCUUAGAAGAGAAAUAAAGGAAAAAGUGCUGAGUAAAAAUAUCAUUAUAAAGAAACAACCAGACCCUGAUGUAGUUGCACCAAAGGAAGCUGUAAUUUCUACACCUACAUUGGCACCCCAAGCACAGCCAAUAAGUGAUAUGACUAAAGUAACACCAAAAUUGGCUCCAAAAAUACCCAAAAAAGAAAAGAAGACUCCAGCUCAUGUAACAGCACUUUUAUCUGAUAUGACAUCAUUGUUUUCUACACCUGAUGUAAUUAGAAGAGUCUCAACUGAAUCUAAGCCUCCCAGCAAACUUGAUAAGGAACCUAUUCCUGUAGCCUCUAAAAAACCUGAGGUACCGAAAUCUCUUGAUUUAAAUACUGACAAGACUACUGAAGUUGUAAAAACACUUGAUAAUGAAUCCACUAAGAUUCAGACAUCUAUAAAGACCUUUGUUAAAUCAACAAAAACUCCUAGCGUUCCUGAAAAAGCUAAAGCAUAUGAACUAAUACCACAAUUAGAUGAUGCAAGCUUAGCACAAAUACUGCAGGACACAACACCCCAUUCGUCAAAAGUUCAUCCAAAUAUAACUGCAAAUGUCAUUAAUAGUCCAGGUCUGGCUGGCCCACUUUCUCCUACUCUAGAUUUGUUAGCUGGCUUGCAACCAGAGGAAGAUGGUUUAACAGAAGAUUUGUUAAUGCAUGUUGCUCAACUAGUUGAAAGUUCAGAAAAUUUACAGGAAGUUUUAGAUAAACAAGUACUUGGCAAAGUAGACACCAUUCCAACUAAAAUUGUUCCCAAUGUACAGGCUACAACAUUUACACAGACACAGCAACCACAAAUACAAGCACAACUACAGCAUCCCAUACAACCUCAGCCACAAGUGCAACAACAGUCACCAAUACAAGCACAAACACAACCAACCCAUAAUUUGUAUACACAAACUCCAGUGAAAGUUGCGAAAAAUACUUUGCCACGGAAAGAUCCCAUAGAAAUAGUUAGACGAGAUGGUAGAGUUAUUACAUUACCACCAAUUGAAGCUCCAGCUACAAGGUCAUCAAAAAGGAAAACUCUAGUUGAACCUGCAGCAGCUCCUGAAAUCUCAACGGCAUCCCCAGUACCACCAGAGAUUUCUACACCAGAGCCAGUGCUUCAACAUGUGUCUAAACAAUAUUCCAAUAAAAAGUUGGUUAAUAAAAAAGUUGAGCCAACAAUACAAACACCAGUUAUUGAAAAAUCAGCAGAAUCUCAAGAAAGCUGGAAUUCUGAAGAUGAUCCUAAUAGAUUAUGGUGCAUAUGCAAGCAACCACACAACAACCGCUUCAUGAUAUGUUGUGAUGGCUGUGAGGACUGGUUCCAUGGAAAGUGCGUAAACAUAACCAAAGCUAUGGGCCAGCAAAUGGAGGAACAAGGCAUUGAGUGGCGGUGUCCAAAUUGUAUUAGGAACUCUAAACCUUCUCCUAAGACGCCUGCUAAGGCAACACCUGUUCAAAAGCAAGUAGAGAACACACCACAAGCUACACUGGCAAAGGAAGCAGGAAAAUCAAAUUGCAUAGUCUGUAAAAAACCAGCACGAGCAAGUAGCAUAUAUUGCAGUGAUAGUUGUAUCUUAAAACAUGCCCAGGAUUCACUUGGUGUGCAGAGUGCUACAAAAAGUAAUAUCAUAAGCGGUAAAAGUGCUGAGAAAGUUUCAGAAUCUAGGGUAAUCGUUUAUGAGCGGAAAUCAGGUAGAUUAUUAGCUGGACCAAAUGCACCUACUGCUGAAAAUCUGAAGAGUUGGCUGCAAAAGAAUCCAACAUUUGAAGUAGUAAGACCAGGCACACUCAGUGCUAUAAAACCAAAUAUUGCUCGUAAAAAAUCCAAUGAAAGCAAUAAAAUUCAGACUACUCUUAAUUUUGCAAAAAUACCCAGAAAAAACACAGAACAGUCACCACCCGUGAAACCUCCGCAACCAGAAACUAAAGAAGUAAAAGGCAAAACACUGCUAUCACCACGGGAGCAAACUAAAUUCUCUUUUGCACAAAAAGAGCCCAAAGUUCCACUUACUCCAAAAGAGGAAGCUAAACCCGCACCUCCUCCAAAAACCCCAGUCACAUCAAAACCUCAAGCGCAACCAGAAACUCCAAAAUCUUCCUUGAAUAGAAGUGGUACUGAAACACGAAAAAGUCGAGCUUUGAAUAGAUCUCAAUCAUCUAUUGAUAAGGCUGCCGUAGUAUCACCGUCGACAUCGCGUCGGAAAGAUACCUCCGAUAAAAAGAAAAUGGACUCGGAGGAGGAAAUACGAGAAAACGUGCGGAAAGCAUUGCAAGAACAGAUCAGUUUACGCAUGGCAGAGAGCGAUGGAUUCAAAUUCAGCGAAGAUGAAAUACAACAAUACGCACAUGACACGGAAGAGGAACUGUUCGAGUUGUUUAACCACGAUGUAGGGAUGAAAUAUAAAGCUAAAUAUCGAUCGCUUAUGUUCAACAUUAAAGAUCGUAAAAAUCUAUCACUUUGGGAGAAAAUAUGUGAACGAGUAUUAAAACCAAGUGAAUUGGUGCGACUUUCUCCAGAAGAACUAGCAAGUCAAGAACUAGCGCAAUGGCGGGAAGAAGAAUCAAAACAUCAGUUGGAACUUAUUAAAAAAUCUGAAAUAGAUCUGUUAGCAGCUAGCAAAACAUAUGUUCUUAAAACACAUAAAGGAGAAGAGGUAAUGGAGACAAAAGAAUCAGUUUCAACAGAGUUGGAUCCAAAUGUGCCUGUUGAAGAUUUGGUUUCUGCUCUCAAUGACGCAGUUGGUGAUGGGCUUCCACCACCUACAGAAAAUGUACAAACGCCCAAAACUAAAGAAACUAAGAAAAAGUCAAGCAAUAGUAAAAAGCGAGAAAAGGAAAAAUCUAAGUCCAAGAAAGACAGAGAAACCAAACGGGAUUCGGAAAAGCGAAAAUCUAGGUCAUCAAGGGGUUCAGAAGUGGAAAGAGAACAUAGGUCGACGCGGCGCUCGAAAAAGUCCAGCAGGUCAUCGAGGUCAGAGUCGAAAGAGAGAUCUAGAACGGAAGAAAAAGAGAAAACGGAGAGAGAACGUUCUAGACGGCGAUCUCGAUCUCGCGGGAAGUCAAAGAAAAGGUCUAGGGAACAUUCUAGGUCCGCUUCUCGUGGAGACAGAGUUCGCUCGCGGUCUAAGUCACGGGAUAGCGCUAAACGUAGACACCGUUCACGGUCAAAACACGCAAGCACUGAAGAGCCUAAGCACCGCUCCCGAUCUCAAGAAGCAGUCAGCAAGAGUAAGAAUGAAUCUACAGAUUCGGAUUCAGUGGAGCGACCCAAGUCCGCAAUGAUGAAAGAAAUACAUCCAGAGUAUGAUCCGCACGAGCCAAUGAUAACCUCGGCGUUUUCUGAGGAAGAUUUGCGGAAAUCACGGGAUGACAUCGACGAAGAUAAUUAUAAGAAUGAAAUCAGUGAAUACGGCAAUGUGGAUGUCGAUCCGGCGAAGUCUUUCGCUAUCGAUUCCGACAUACCUCUGCCGACUCCUGUGUAUAAGGAAAAGCCAUCAGCUGAAGUGGAUAGUGACCAAGAACCCACUAGUACGGUGGAGAACUCUGCAGUAACAGUAUGGAAUGGCUGCAUUAAUAUGGUUGAUGUCGCUAGAUUCUAUGUUGCGGCACAUGAGGUUUCUGGAAAUGCAAUUGAUUUAGAAGAUGAUCUCACAGCAGAGCUAGAUAUUGUUGGAAGAAUAAACCCAGACACAGUUUGGGACUACAUUGGUAAAAUGAAGCGGGCCAGCAACAAGGACAUUGUAGUUCUCAGGCUUCAAGCAGCAAAUGAUGAAGAGAGAAUGCAAUAUAUAGCUCUGUAUAGUUAUUUAAGUAGUAGGAAUAGGUUAGGCGUAGUGAAGGUAACAAACACGGCAACGGUAAAGGACUUCUACAUCCUGCCGCUGUCGGCGAACACGUCGCUGCCGCCGGUGCUGCUGCCGCUCGACGGGCCCGGCCUCGGCGAGCUGAAGACGCACCUACUUAUCGCUAUAAUUAUAAGACAAAGAAAGAAACGCCUUGCCCCACACAUUCCCAAAGAUAUUAUUCCAGCCAAGGUGGCGCGGGAAUCCCGCAAGAAGUCUUACACGCCUCCGUUGUCGCCCAGAAACCGACCGUUGACGCUACCAUCUUCGUACACAUCAUCUGCUCUCUCUUCUACUGUUAAGGAUAAAAUUGCAGCUUCAUUAGCUGCUGCUGAUGACGACGAACCGUAUAGUCCGGGAUCUUCAACCAGCAGCAACAGUACGCCCGCCCCGGCGUUGCCUACUCACAAUUUGCGGAAUAAAAUGGAGGAACUCAACAGGCAAAUAGAAGAACAAAAACAGCAAAUUCUCAAAAUGGCACAAGCCGAUUCAUCAGUGCAGAGUGCAGAUAAUGAAGCAUAUUCACCAUCCCGGCCGCUGUCGCCAGAUCCGCCCGCGAUGCCGCUGGCCGAUAUCGCGUUGCCGUCGAACCUACAAGAAAUUCUUGCCACCAUCAAACAGAGGUCGGAGAAUACCGCUGACGUCGAUAUGCGCACAAUUCCCAUGCCCUGAACUAGUUAUAUCACAUCAAUUACAUUUAAAUAUUAAGCAUUGAAAAGAUUUAUAGUGUAUAAUAUUAUACAAUAGUAUUAGGUUAAAUGAUCUUUAAUUUCCCAGAAAUCAUAAUAUAUAGAAGUAUGCAUAGCAUUAUUUUAUUGAAUUCACGAAUGUGUGCAAUAUGCAAACAACAUUUUAAAACUUCUGGAUGUUAGGUAGAAUUGACUGAAAAAAUGAUUCGGUUUUAACUGUGGAAUAUCGGUUUAAACAAUUGAAAAUUGUGUUUAGAUGAGUUUGAAAUGUUAUGUAUAUAAUUAGUAUACAUAUUCAGUGUUUUACAAGUUGUUUUAAUGUACAAAAUUUAGAUUAAAUAUUUUUACUUAAAAUAUACUUUUAAUUAUAAGGUUUAUUAUGUUGGAGAAA